AUGGGUAAUCACCCAGAUCCAUAUCCUACUGUGAAGUGGCUUGAACCAGACCUACGGUUCUUCAAUUUCCCUUCUCCAAGCACCUUCAGCCACUCGAACGCUCUUUUCUCCACCAUGAUUUCCGACGACGAUCUCUACACACUCGCCAUCUUCCUUGGCUCCUUAGCUAUGCUCCUCAUCGUUCUCUACCAUUUUCUCGAAGUCAACGCCAUAGAAGAGGGAUCUACACAGUCCGAGGAGAAAGCAUCUUCGAAGGCAGCGUCACAAGCACAAGCUAACCCUACGGCGAAGUCAUGA